AUUGAAUGUAAGGUAAUCAAGGUUCUUAAAAAAAAGAUAUUGAAAUUGGUACUUGUCCUUUUUCUGAUGCAAUGAAACCUCCAAAAGGACAUGAAAAAUAUACAGACAAAUCUAAAUGUCCAUACUAAUAGAUGUAAUAGCAACCUGAAAUCAAAAUAACUGAUGGAAGUGCUGAAAAAAAAAAAGAAAAAAAAGAAAAGCAACCUAAAGGUGGAUGUCCUUUUAUGUCAAGUGAAAAAAAAAGAAAUCCGCCUCUUGCUCAUCUUGAAGAAUAAUAUGAUACUUAUUACAUCAGUCCUCUUAAUUAUCUUCUAGAUACAAGAGGAUUAUGGAUGCUUGCUUUUGAUUCUAAAGAAAUUAAAAAAGGUAAUAGUUCAUAACAAUUAUCCAUAUAGGUCCAAUUAAAGACAGAAGAAAAAUAUUUGAUUCUUAUCCUAUUUAUUUGAAAAGUACUUUAUUUCAUGAUGAUGAAAAUACUAAAAAGUUAAGAUAAUGUGAAGUUGCUUAAAGAUUUUUUGUUUAUGAUAAGUUUAGAGAAAAGGGUAAUUUAUAUUUAUUAAAAAAGGCAAUAAAUUAUUAUAAAAAUAAGAAUAUGAAGAGGCAAUUCGUUAUUAUGAAAGAGCCCUUGGAUGUUUCAGAUAUUUAGAAGUAGUUGAACCACCUGAUUAAGAUAGUGAGGAAGAGGAAACAACAUAAGAUAUAACCAAUUUAACCGAAAAAGAAAAGAAGGAACUUGAAGAUAUGAAAAAAUCAGCUAAAUAAUAUAGAAAAGAAUAAAAAGAUUUUAAAAAACAAUAUAAAUCAUUAAUGACCAUAUAUACAGAUGAAAAUGUUAAAUAUAGAGGUGUUGAACAUAUUCAAGUAUUAAAUCUAAUAAAAAUCAAUUAAGGAUGAAGCAGAUAAAGAAAUGUGCAAUUCUAUUAUGUAUGGUCUCUAUUUGAACAUGUCUGUAUGUUACAUGAAAAUGUCCCACUUUGAUUUAGCUAGAAAGAUCUUAGAUGAUGCUGGUCUAAUUUAAAAAGAGAAUUCUUAAUAUUUAUUUAGAUAUUCAUAAGCCAUACUUUAUGAUAAAUGGUCAACAUAUAAAGAUUUAAUUAAAGCAAAAGAUCUUAUUGAAAAAGCUAUAAAUUUAUCUAAUGUUGAAAAUAUCUUUAAAUAAGGUCCAGGAAUUCUUAAAUUGAUGGGUUUAGAAAAUGCUAAAGAAAUUUAUGUUGAACAUGCUCACAAUGUUAUGGAAGCAAUUAAAAAAAAAAAAUAAUGGGUAAUCGAUUUAAUUGACCCUGUUUUUUAAAGAGCUAAAGAAAUUGAUGAAAUUGAAUAAGAAAUGAUAGAAGAUGGCAAAGUUCCUUAUGAAGAAGGUGUUACUGAUAUUUUUGAUCCAGAAGAUAUCAUUUAACAAUAAAAUGAAACACUUAAAUAAUUCUUAUAUCGACUUUGCAUGUCUUAAUUAACCUAAGAACAUUAAGAAUAUGAAAUUGUUAAAGAAAUGGUUAAUAAAUAUUACAGAAUCAUUGAAUUCUAUGCAGUAUAACUUUAUAUUAAUUCCUUAGGAAUAAAAAAAAUAUGAUUAAGUUAAAAUAGCUAAGUAAGAACUCUAAAGAUUAUUGGAAACUGUCUAAACUAUGUCAUUCUUUAUGAAUUUAGAUUUUAUUGAUUAUGAUAAUGAUGAAUUACUCAAAGAAUUAACUUAAAAAUAUUAAAUUAAUUUUGCUGAUAAAAAAUACAUCAGAAGAUUCAUUCGAUUAUGUAGAGAAUAAGUUACUGAACUCUUUGGAUAAGGUAAAUUCAACUUUGAAGUAUUAUUUAAUAUUAUUUAUAAGGUUUUUGAAUAUGCUAUGAAUGAUUAUUUCAAGAAAAAAAGAGAACAAGAAGAAAAAUAAAGAGAAGAAUAUCUUAAAUAAAAUCCUUAGCCUGUUAAACCAUAAUAGCAAUCCUCUUUCUUAAAGAAAACUUUGUUCUCAGCUGAAUUCUGGAUGCAAGUAUAAAUUCAUUUUAUUCUUAGAUGUUUAUCUUAUUAUUACUUAUGGCAGGAAUGUACUGCUUUAAUAGUAACACAGGUUUUAUUGGCAAACUAUUUUCCCUUAAAAAAUGAUAGCAUACUUAAAUUGAAAAAAAG